AUGGCCCAGCGGCUUGAGGCUGAGCCACUGACGUUCCACGUGCCUUGGAAGCGGCUCCUGCUCCGCGACUUCACGGAGGAGCCAACGCCGUAGAUUUGGAUCCCGCCGUCGGGACUGCAUCCUGGGCAACCGCAAAAGCACAAAAUCGACGCAGGGGUCAUGUCAGCGCCUUUGGCUUCGUCCAGCAAGCGCCGCGACAGUGAGGGCCGGGGCCUGGAGAGGAGCCCCAGGACGCCCAGCCCCCUGAGGUUGGAGGUGACCACGGGGCGGGGCGCACAGGGCCUCCGCGGCAAGACAGGGGGUUCGCACCUCCAGCACAAUGAAGAAUUUUGUCUGUAUAAUACUUUCCAGUACUGGAGAAAUCCUUUACCACUUGUUGAUCUGUCAGACAUCGAAGAUGUGAGUGAAAACAACCAAACAGAAGCAACAUUGCCUGGCAAGAAUGAAGUGGUUGAGAUUUACAUGGAGUCCUGA